AUGGGGGCUAAUGACGUAUCCAAUGCAUUUGGAACUUCUGUUGGUUCUAAAGUACUUACGCUUAAACAGGCAUAUAUAUUAGCCAGUAUAUUCGAAACUCUUGGUGCAAUAUUUGUUGGUUAUAAUGUAACAGAUACAAUGAGGAAAAGUGUUGUUGUAUUGUCUGAAUAUGAAAAUGAUCCCAAAGCUCUUUUAUUUGGGCAAAUAGCAAUAUUAGGGGGUUGUUCUGGGUGGUUAAUGAUUGCCACAUUUGCUGAAUUGCCUGUGUCUACAACACAUAGCGUUGUUGGAGCAACAAUAGGUUUUUCUUUUAUGAUGAAAGGAAUAUCAAGUAUCCAAUGGUGGGAAGUUGGAAAAAUUGCGCUUUCUUGGUUUACUUCUCCCCUUCUUUCUGGAUUUAUUUCAAGUAUUUUAUAUUUAGUUGUGGAUAUUAGUGUUUUGCGAAAGGAAGAACCUCUUGAGGCUGGUCUUCGAGUAUUACCAAUUUUCUAUUUCUUCUGUAUUGCUUUCAACACUUUCACUAUUAGUUAUCAAGGCUCGAAAAUUCUUGGUUUAGAAAGUAUUCCUCUUUGGCUGGCUAUUAUUAUUAGUCUAUUAACUGCAAUAUUGGCAGCUUUAGUUAUUCAUUUUGUUUUAAAGCCGAGACUGAGUAGUUGGAUACAUCGAAAACACACAAUUGCUGUUGUUCGAGAUGUUGUUCAGAGGAAUGGUUCAAUUCUUAGCCAUCCCCAAUUACCUAUUAUUAAUAAAAGAUUGGAAUUUGAUGGAAAAAUAAGAACACAUCUUGAUGGGUCUUUUGUUAUUGAAACUACCCACAGUUUGCCUGGAAAUAAUUAUAUAACAAUACCUCUAGAAAAUGAUAAAAAGAAUGGAAAACAAAUUUGUAGAAGUAUUUCCGAAUUACCUGAAAAAUAUGGAGGGAAUGUAUUUAAUGGGAAUAAUAAAUUGAGGAAAAAUAGAAAUAGAGGAAUAAGUGAAGCUGAAAGUGUUUUGAGUGUUGCUAAUUAUGUUCCUCAAAAAUUAAAAUUGUCACCUCGUGGUUUUCUCAAUUGGCUCCUCCCUGCUCACGAUAGAAAAGAGGAUGCAAAAACGCUUCAGCUUUUCAGCUCCAUUCAGGUCUUUACUGCAUGUUUUGCUGGAUUUGCACAUGGUUCUAAUGAUGUUAGUAACGCAAUAGCCCCACUCACCGCCAUGUUAGCUAUCUACAGAGAGAUGAGUGUUCAACAGAAAGAACCUACUCCUAUUUAUGUUCUACUUUAUGGAGUCUUUGCAAUGUGUGUUGGACUUUGUGUAUUAGGGCAUAAAGUGAUUAAAACUGUUGGACAAAGAAUGUCCUCAAUACACGCUGCCAGUGGGUUUACCAUUGAAUUUGGUGCUGCCGUGACAGCUUUGCUAGCCAGUAAAGCUGGAUUACCUAUUUCUACAACUCAUUGUUUGGUUGGCAGUGUGGUAAGCGUUGGAUGUAUUAAAUCAGGUGAAGGCAUUAAAUGGUCAAUUUUUCGGAACGUUGUAUUCUCCUGGCUAGUUACUUUGCCUGUUGCUGCCUUCAUAUCUGCAGGAAUUAUGCUGCUUUUGAAGUUUCUUGUUUUAUAAGCAGUAAAAAAUUUUUUGUACAACAAAAAUAGAUUAUUUAUUUUUCUGUCAGAUCUCUUGUUUACUAUCAUCUUUUAAAAAUUUUUCCAUGUUCUUAAUUCAUUUUUAUACUAUAAAAAUUUUUUUCGAAUAAAAAUACUUUUUAUGUGAGAAAGUCCUUCAAAAGUACAGCACGUGUAAUCGAUGAAUAGAUUGUGGCGAUAUGUGAAUAAGAAUAAUGGGGGUAGCACGGAGAUGUUGUCAUUGUAGUCGAUUUU